AACUGAAACUCGACUGAGCGAUGUCCACCUUUGAGUGGGCGAAAAAUUGGUAGAAUCUUCACGUUGAGGAGGAGAGUAAUGUGUGGAAACUUCACCUAAACAAAUUUGCGGGAUAUUUAAAAGCCACGUUUUCAAAUUUUCACACACUGGAUUGUAAGCUCACGUCAUUCGCUUCCCUGAUUCGGUCCAUUUUACACCACCAAAUUCGAUCCUUCCCAAGCUAUAAAGCCAACAACGAGUCCUCAAGGAGAUAUUCUAAGUAUCAAUCAUUCUUAAGCAACUCGAAAGGAAAGUGCUCUUACAGAAUUCAUCUUUUCUUAGCACUCAUCGAUGGCGGCCAUGGCUUCAAUGAUGAUGAAAGCACCCGCAGCACUUAACUGCGGGGCAGUCAAAACGAAUAGUCAUAUCAGUAGAUUGCCCAACAGUAGCCUCCAAGUCAAGUGCAUGGCUGCAAAGGAUCCAAAGGAAACGUCUACCAAGGUGAGCACGAAAUUUGGCGACCUGUUUGCGUUCUCAGGGCCUGCGCCGGAGAUCAUCAAUGGAAGGGCGGCUAUGUUGGGGUUCGUAUCGGCCAUUGCAGUGGAGGUGGCCAGCGGAAGAGAUUUGCUGUCGCAGGUGAAUAGUGGAGGACUGUCGUGGUUUGCGUUAACUGCAGGAUUAAUGACGGUGGGGACACUGGUGCCCCUGUUCAAUGGAAUAUCGAGGGAGAGCACGUCGCAGCCAAUAUUUUCAUCCACAGCAGAAAUGUGGAAUGGGCGCUUUGCUAUGCUCGGCCUCCUCGCAUUGGCUUUCACUGAAUACGUCAAGGGUGGACCGCUUGUAUAAACACCUUAAUAUCUAUUUCUAUUCAAGCACUGGCUCCAGUAUUGGAAGCUCUCACAUGGCAUUCCAUGUUCCAGUGGAAUUUUCUUGUACUGUUUAGAAUGUCAUACAGUUCAAUUAUACAAAACCUUGUAAAAAAAUUCAAUCUUAUACUAUAAAGAAAGUUUGAGUUCAACGA